GGGCGGGAUAACAUUGAAUUGAGAGCUGAAUUGAGAUCGAAGGGAAUUUUCGAAACUGCUGGACAUUCUAUUCCAUCUCUGGGCCUCAUCCCCCUGCCCUCCCUCCCUGAUCGAGCCCCCCUUGCGAAAUCGCAGUUCGGCACCUGGUGCGGUAGCGGCAUCAGCAGCAGGCAGCAGGAGCAGCUAUGGCGUCGUCGGCCAUGUUGGCAAGUCAAGCGCCCACUGGAGCGUCGGGCGUAGCGGUGGUCUCGGUUCCGCGCAGUUCGGUGUCGGGGUCAUCGUCAUCCACUACGCAGCUUUCGGUCAAGUCGUUCGGGGCGUCGUCGACGUUGCUGUGCGGCGGGGAAGUAGUGCAGAAGCAGGCCGGGUUCGGGAGCGUGCCGAAGAAAUCUAACGCCAUGACGUUCGCUCCUCGUGCGCAAUCGCAAGCUACCCAGGCUCUUACUCAAGAUGAGCUGAAGAAAAUCGCUGCUGAGAAGGCAGUGGAAUAUGUCAAGAGUGGCAUGGUUUUGGGUUUGGGCACAGGCUCCACAGCUGCAUUUGCAGUUGCGAAGAUUGGCGAGCUUUUGAAGGAAGGAAAGUUGACGGAUAUCGUUGGAGUGCCUACUUCAAAGAGAACGGCAGAACAGGCUGCAUCUCUGGGUAUUCCUCUUUCUGUUUUGGACGAUCAUCCUAAGAUUGAUUUGGCGAUCGAUGGAGCCGAUGAAGUGGAUCCCGAUCUCAAUCUUGUGAAGGGGCGAGGUGGAGCUUUACUUCGUGAAAAGAUGGUGGAGAAAGCAUCAGCAAAGUUUGUAGUCAUUGUUGACGAAACCAAGUUGGUGAAGGGACUUGGAGGCAGUGGAUUGGCUAUGCCUGUGGAAGUUGUCCAGUUUUGCUGGAAGUACAACGCUGAACGCCUGAAGAAUCUUCCAGAAGUUGCUGGGUGUGAGGUUGAACUGCGUAUGGAUGGAGACAAGCCGUAUGUGACUGACAACUCGAACUACAUCAUCGAUCUUUAUUUCCAGGAGCCCAUUAAAGAUGCCAAUGCUGCAGCUCACGCAAUUUCUGCACUAGAAGGUGUGGUAGAUCAUGGUCUUUUCUUGAACAUGGCCAGCGCAGUUAUCAUUGCAGGCUCUGAUGGAGUAACUGUUCAAACCAAGGAUACAUAGGUAUUUAGAGAGGACAACUCGUUAAUGUUUCACUUAUUUAGAUUGACUGUUGUACGCUUCCUAAUGAAACUGCUGCAACAAGGCGGAUUCUCUAAAUACAACUAUUUUGUAGACACCUCUGUUUUCUGACA